AUCAAUUUAGACACAAUAAUAAAUCUUUUCACAAAAAUAAAAUAAAAAUGUAAAAUAAGAAAACAACUAAAAAAUAUCAUAAUGAUUAAAUAAUCGAAAUGAUUCAAAACAUCUCUUUAGAAUCACUAAAUGAAAACACAAGAAGACCAAUGGAUGCCCUGCCCGCAAAUUGAAACAAAAUAUCCUGGUUUAGCAUACUUAUGUCCUUUAAACAAAUUAAUCGUAGCCAAAAAACGCGACUCGUUACACAAUUUGUUCGGCAACGAUAUUAUUGGCUACACAAUAUACAAUGGACAAGGUCAAAAAGUUUUUCUCGCUGUUCAAAGGAAGGAAACCAAAAAAGAAAUUAAAAUAUUCAAUAGCUAUGGAAACGAAGUCAUACAUUUGCAAAGACGAACGUUUUGCUUUAACAAGCUAUUAGUAUGGACGCCACCUGGUAGAUUCGUAGGCUCAGUGCAUUCUAAAUGUCUAAGAGUUUUUAUUAAAAACUACAGAGGAGAUGUAUUAAAGAUUAAACCGAGGGGCGUGUUUUGUUGCGCCCGUGACAUAUUCUCAGAGGGUGAACGGAUUGGUGAAGUAGCGCCAAGAAAUUGUUUACACAGCAUUAAAAAUGGCGUCAGUGUAGUUUUCCCGUUUGAAUUGGAUGUCGAACUUAAAUCUAUUUUGCUGGGAGCGUGCUUUCUCAUCGGCUACUAGUUUAUUAAAGAAUAUUGAACUGGUUUUUCUGAGUAUGGGGUGAGAAAAAAAGAAUCCGCUCCCAUUUACUACGAGGCUAGAUAACCUUGAAAAUAAUUAACAUGAAUGUAUCAGCUGCGCCAUGACUUAAAUUCGUAUAGGAUUAAACAUUUUGCAAUAUCGAAUUCAUUCCUCUAAUAUCAUAUUUAAUAUAACAAUCUAUUGUGAUUUAAAUUUGUCGGAUCGUUUAAAAGAGCAAUAAAACAUGUUUUACUUUU